CCGAAACCGGAAACAGUCACAGCCCAUGGUUCCAAGGGAAAUUUGUCGAGCGAUAAACAAACAAGAAUCAAGUGUUUGGACCAGAAUGUCUUGCGUUGUAAUUUCAAGAAAAAAAGCCAUAUGCCUAAGUAUCCAGCUUUAGUGAACACGUAACGCUAGGUGCAAUUUCUAUAAACGGUACUUUUAAAUCCACAGUACGUUUUAUUUAUCCGCGGUUUAACUUAGUUUACAGAGAGUUCAGACGCCAUGCCCCAGGACGCCCCGGAUCAAGCUGGUCAGCUUCUACCUCUGAUUAGAUCGCUGAUCAGCAGGAUACCGUCGCAUGUUGUAUUUUGCAACAGAAGCCCCCGAGAAAUUAAUCUGAUUUGGAUUAAUUUUAAAGGGGAGCCGCAGUCUUAUGGCACGUUACAGCCAGGCGCUUGGCGAAGAAUGGCGACUUUCGUGGGUCACCCGUGGUUGUUCCGAGACGCAGAGAUGGACGAACCUAUGUUGGUGAAUGGCAAAGAAGUAUUUCUUCCGAAAGCCAUGGAAAAUGCCCAAGUUGUGCUGGUGAACAUCACGUUGCCAGUGUUCAGCCUGAAGGAACGGGCGUUACAGGUGGUGCGACGCCUUGUGAAUCCAGCGGACUACAGGAAGCUGGAGAUCGCCCGGUGUCUCCAUGAUGACCUGGAGGACCACCCCAGCGUGCUAAAGGAUUUGAGGCGGCUCACGCGCAAGGUGGAGCAGCGGCUUCGGGAGGAGAGGGAAGCACAGCAGAUUUAAAUCUGGACCAAAACACGGAAGAUAUCCAUAUACAGAUUUCUAUCAACACUCAAGAUCCGGCUGUGUAAAACAAACUGCUGCUGAUCCAAAGCUUAAGGACACCUAAGGCCAGCUGCUCAGAAAGAAGUGGCUACUACGACAGAGGUGUGAUGGAAAACAUGAAACGGCAUUACAAAAGCUGAAGAGUAGAUUUCUCUUUUUCCAGGAGAUUAAAAACAGGUCUUGCUUCUUUUUUGAAUAACAUAACAAUGAAUAACAUAUUUUUUAAAUGAAACCAUUUAUUAUUUAGCCAGCCACAGAUUAUUUUUAAUGUGAAAUAGCAUUGUUUAUAUUUACACUUUGUCCAUGUAUGGAGCAUUUUUGGCAAUAAGGUUAGCUGCCUCUUCUCAGGGUUCUCACUGUCCUUGAAAAUAUGUUAAUCAUAGCAAGUUAUGGAAAAGCAAUGGGAAGUGCUAAAAUACUGCUCUUAAAAAUGGGAGCAUUGCUCAGAUAUAAACAUAUACAGAGCAUGACAUGUAUCCACCUUCAUUGGCUUGUACAUUAAUUCUGCUACCAAACAUCAGUCACUAGAGAAUGAAGUUUGUAAUAAUGUAAAGUAAUUGGCUGAUAAUGUGUAUCUAUCUUGCAAAGUAGGCUUGAUGUUUGCAGCUAAAAAGUAAUUGUAAAAUCAUCCAUUCACUCUUAAAACCUCAUAGUCGUGGAAAAUAUACAUCUGCUUUGAGUGGGAACCUUGCUAACUCGCUAUUCCCCUUCUUUCCAGAUCUUGUGCAGACAAUCAAUGGAUAUUAAGUCAACUGGGUUGUUAAUAAGCCAAUGACUGCUGUAAAAUGUAUGGUGUGUGGGAGCAUGGCCCCUGACCUUUUGAAGGAACCCCCCCUACACACACAUACACGAUCCACUUUGUUGGAUGACAGAAAUCAAGUUGCCCAACCUCAUGUAAAAUGAAAGCUAUGCUGCUCCCUGUGUUCAUUGGGUAAUUGCCCUCAAGAUUCUUUCUUAAAUGAGUGCAGUAGUAGGUAAUGCACAUAAGUGUUGUACAUAUGUAAAUAAAAAGAGACCUGUAGAGAAUAUAUUCUUCAUUUUUAAAGAAGAUGAAUAAAUACAUAUAGCUUUAAAAUACAUCAGCAUCAAAAAAUAGAAAACAUGGAACACUGACAACAUGGACAAAUAAGCAAAGGUUUCAUGAGGAUUGGACAGGCAGUUGGUAAGUUAUGGCUAUUUUUGUGUUUGGCCAUGACUUUUUGACAUGUUUAUGAAUCAAGAACAUCAAAACUCAGCUUUUUGUCCAACUUUGGUGUGGCCUCUGGGAUUUUUGAGCACACCAGUGCUCACUUUCUUAGUGAUGUUCCAAACAGUUGGUUGUGGUUAGCCUAAGGUUCGGUCUAUGUCGCUGAUGGUUUUUUUUUCUCCCUUAUUUCUCAGCCUCAUAGCUUCCUUGACUUUCAUUGGCACAACUCUGGUCUUCAUGUUGACAAAUGGCAAUAACAGACCCCAAAGGCAAUCAGAAGGCCUGAAUCAAAACUAGAUACUGAAAGCUCACUUAUGCCUAUACUAUGGAUGCAAUCUGAAACACCAGGCAUUUGUCCCAAACUUUAUGACACUCUGAAAUGGGGGGGCUGUUUAUAAAAAGUGCUGUAAUUUCUACAUGUUGAAACCAAACUGUAUGUAAAAUACCCUUAAAUAAAAGCUGAGAAUGUGCACUUUAA